GCGAGGCUACGACCACAGUAGGAGGGAGGCAACUCAGCAGUUGGACCCUGGGUUGAGAAGUACCAUUGCUAAGUUGGGGAAAAGUGUAGCUGUGAUGGAGGAACACUAUGCAGUCGAACGUGAAAAGAAGGAGAGUAAGCAGAGACGAAAGCUCGAGAGGGAGGAGGUUGAGCGACGUGCUGAAGAGGAACGUGUCAGGAUGGAGGAACGAGCCCGUGCCGAGAGGAAAGCACUGAAGAUCAAGCAGAAGAAGGCGCUUGAAGCGGAAGCACGUGGGAUGAUGCAGAAGGAUCUGAAUAUCCAACUUGCCAUUCAGGUUGGUGAGUUGGAAAACCGUUUGGUUGACAGGAUGUACCAAGUGGUUGCGCCAGUGCCCCCCUCCACGUGUAACCGAGGGAAUGUAUCGGGGUCGAACGAUUUGGCAUCAGAUGGGAGCGAUGAGAGUGACACUAGCGUCACUCACGAACUUAGCGCACGUGCUCAGCGGAUGAGUAUUAUCGAAAAGCGGAAGAGGGGCCCGAAACCUGUGUUCGAAGAACCAAGCCCACCAAUGGAGUUGCCUGCUAAGCGAACUCUGGAGAGAGGGAUAUUGAAACCAGUCAAACUCACGGGUCACUUGACCCAGUCCAAGUCCAAGAAGGCUGGUGGCGGACUUACCCCUACUUCGACCAGGAAGAAGAUUGCCACACCGUUGUCAAAACGUAAAACACCUACAUGCUCUCCGGCACAUACUCCAGCUGCUAAAGUGACACCGACAACCAAGGGAGUGUUGGCUCGCUUGCGCAACCGUAAUGAGGUCUUGAAGGAGCUCAAGGCUCUUGAUGCUGCCGAACUCCAGGCGAUUUGCCGGAAGGAAGACCUACAGUACGAUAAGAAGAUUGAUGCUAUUUUUGACAUAGCUAAUCAUCGUACGGAGACCGCUUUUGCUAGUUCUGUCACUGGCAAUGCCGAAGUUAUCCAUAUCGCUGCUUCCGCUGAUACUAGCGACAAUGCCGAGGCCGAACCGGCUACGGAUGUGUGACGCGUUUUAACUGUACAGCAGCUAUGGAAGCUUUGUCGCGUACUUGCUCAUGAGCGUUGAGGGUAAUAUCUGGGAACCAUCUUGGCAGAAGUUAAUCAAUACCUUUGGGGAGA